AUGGUGGAGUGGACUAUCGAUCGGGCUAUCCAUGCGGCGAUUGCGUCUGGGAGGGUUCCCCCCUCCAUUACGGCUGACUAUCUAUUUCAAAGUCGAGACACAGGAGCCAAAGUAGCUCUUCUUCUUGUCGGCGCACUUACAACCAUUAUCGUUGUAUUGAGAUGCAUUUCUCGCUGGACUGCGAGACGUCUGGGUAUUGAUGAUGCAUUUGCUUGCUUAUCUUCGCUCCUUCACAUUGCCUUCAUUACCCUCUCAAUGAUCCUCAUCGACCUCGGAACCGGCAGACAUCUCCAGUAUAUCGAAUAUGUUAUGACAACGCAUCAGAUUGAUACGUCGGAAGUGCUGGAUUUCACUGCCCAUCUCAUAUACACUACCGCGCUCUUUAUAUGUCGACUUUCAGGUCUCUUUUUCUACCGUCGGCUUUGCGAGCUUCAUAAGAAUUUAUCUCGGGCGAUCAAAGUCGCACUUGUGCUCCUCAUCGCGGCCUACAUACCACAGAUGGCCCUCAUCGUCUUUCAUUGCACACCAGUAACGGCGCUGUGGCCCUAUUCAUGGCAGUUAAGGUCGGUGGAUUACACCUGUCUGACAUGGGGACUAGUCUAUACCGUCAAUUCAGGCCUGUCGCUGGUUUGUGAUAUUUUUAUGUUCGCGAUUCCAAUGGUUCUCAUACAGACCAUCAAUCUUCCUACGAAGCAGAAGCUUCAUUUAUACCUUGUCCUUCUACCCGGAGUGCUUGUCAUCCUGAUCUCGAUCUUUCGUCUCUAUCUCGUCGUUGAGGGGCAGUGGCGGCCGGAUAGCUCAUGGAAUUACAACCCCAUGCUCGCGAUCGAGAACGCAGAAAUCGGCGGAACGCUCAUUGCACUCUCGAUACCUGGACUGAAGCCACUCUUUGAUAGAGUGUCCUUCAAGAUUUGCGGACCUUCCCGCAACCGACCUUCCUCCAGCGUCCUCGACCCCUCGAUUAUUUUUAGGAGCACCAGUGACGAAAAGACGCCCGUCACAGCGAGCACCAGUGAUCGAAGGCCGACUCGCAAUACGUGGAUGGAACUGUAUGAAGAGAAUAAUGCCGCGGGCUACAGAAUAGAUGCCGAAAGUAUGGAUCACCUACAUGAUGGACCCAUUCCAAUAAAUCCACCAAUAGCUGGAGGGAUAUCAUGGGGAGCUUUGGAUUUUACAUUAGGGAGAGGGGCAGUGCCAUGA